UAAAAAAUGUUAAAAUUUUUAUAAUACUCUGAAUCACGCUGGAAACUAUUCGUUAUCAUUAAACACAAAACUGUAUAAGCCAGUAGACCUUAUAAACUUAAAAAUCAGUACAUUAUUUUGCAUUUUUUUAAAUAUUUUGACGGAAGAAUUCGCGGCAAGUUUCCGGCGAACGAUUUCCUGACUCGGCCCACAGUGAGGCUUGUGCCGAAAGCAACAGCGUGCCCGUUUAGCACUCUCUCGUCACAAGUCUCUCUCCCCAAAAAGGUAAAGUGAAGUAAAGCUGGGAAUGACACAAAAAAGUAAAGCAACAGCACGAGCCGCAUUGAAUUGCAAUCCCUCAUUGGGGGUGGAAAAAAACGUGGAUGUGUGUGUGCGGUGUGCGAUGUGGAGUUUGUCCUUGUGUGGGUGCUCUGGGGGCGGAAAAGCGGAAAAGGUGUGACAAAGAUAACAUUUCACGCAUCCCAGUGAUAAUACACCCAUAACACGCUCAUGUUACAUAUACCAUCGGAGGGUGAACUGGUCCUCCAAUUGGUUCGCCAUUCGAUUUUAUAUUUAUGGGAUUUGUUUUGCGGGGAUUACGCAGGACUUAAGGGAAUCCUUAUAAGGGAAACCCAAAUAUCGUCGUGAGGAAAUUGAGUAGACAUUGCCUGGAAUUAAGGGAAAUAAAACUAUUAAGCAAUAGCAAUAAGGUCUUAAAUAGAAGAAGGCAGGGGAAAUUAAUUAAAAAAUGAAAUUAUUUCUCUAGAUCAUAAUCUUUUUAAAAUACUAAGAAAAUUAAAAUAUAAUAACUCUUACUAGAUAUUAAUUAGAAAUCAUCCGUUUCCCCUCCGUUGGCAAUAUUCAAUAAUCCACAAUGCCAACCAAUUACUCUAAUGGCAAAGUCUGACCCGUGACCCCAAGUGGGCCCAGAACACAAUCAGAUAGCUCAGACCCCACUUGUACGAACGCCGGUCAAUCCAGUUAGUCCAAUCCUUUGGUGCUGUCAGUGCCACGUUGGCCAUGUCCCCGAACACUUGGGUAAUUGAAAUGCCUACGCAGAAAGCGCGAUCACAUCCGUAUCCGCGAAGAAUCUCGCCAUACCGAGCACCCGGUUUAAACAGGGAUGCCUUCAGCAGGGAUGCACCACCAAUGCCACCGAGGAACCAUGAUCAUCCCGCUUUCGAGGACAUCCGCACCAUUUUAUCCGUGCUUAAGGCCAGUGGCUUGAUGCCCAUAUACGAACAGAUCUCCAACUAUGAGGUGGGUCCUCCGACCAAGACCAACGAGUUUUACUCCUUCUUCGUAAGGGGCGUGGUCCACGCCCUGACCAUCUUCAAUGUCUACAGCUUAUUUACACCGAUAUCGGCGCAAUUAUUCUUCUCCUACCGGGAAACGGACAACGUGAACCAGUGGAUCGAGCUGCUGCUCUGUAUCCUGACCUAUACCCUUACGGUUUUUGUGUGUGCCCGAAAUACUACAAGCAUGCUACGGAUAAUGAAUGAAAUCCUUCAACUGGACGAGGAAGUGCGUCGGCAGUUUGGCGCCAAUUUGAACCAAAAUUUUGGGUUCUCUGUGAAAUUUUUGGUAGGAAUAGCCGCUUGCCAGGCGUAUAUAAUCGUGCUCAAGAUAUAUGCCGUGCAAGGCGAGAUCACUCCCACCUCUUAUAUACUGUUGGCCUUCUAUGGCGUCCAAAACGGUCUGACCGCUACGUAUAUAGUAUUCGCAUCGGCUUUACUCAGGAUUGUGUACAUCAGGUUUCAUUUCAUCAACCAGCUGCUGAAUGGAUACACCUAUGCCCAGCAGCAGAAGCGCAAAGGAGGUGGAGCACGAGCGAGGCGGCAGCGUGGUGACGUCAAUUCCAAUACCAAUCCAGCUCUAAUGGAACAUUUCCCGGAAGACUCACUGUUCAUAUACCGCAUGCACAACAAACUGCUGCGUAUCUACAAGGGCAUCAACGAUUGCUGCAACCUGAUUCUGGUCUCGUUUCUGGGCUACUCAUUCUACACAGUCACCACCAACUGCUACAACCUCUUUGUCCAAAUCACCGGCAAGGGCAUGGUGUCGCCCAACAUUUUGCAGUGGUGCUUCGCCUGGUUAUGUCUCCACGUUUCACUCCUUGCUUUGUUGUCUCGUAGCUGCGGCCUGACCACCAGGGAGGCCAACUCCACUUCACUAGUUCUGGCGAGGGUAUAUGCGAAGUCAAAGGAAUAUCAGAAUAUCAUCGAUAAAUUCCUUACCAAGAGCAUCAAACAGGAGUUGCAGUUCACGGCAUAUGGAUUUUUUGCCAUAGAUAACUCCACGCUAUUCAAGAUAUUUUCGGCCGUCACCACGUACUUGGUUAUCUUGAUCCAGUUCAAACAGCUCGAAGACUCGAAAGUAGAGGACCCUGUAUAA